GCGUUCAGCUUUUCAAAGUCUGAACCUCGCGGCCGUCUGGACUCUUUUGAAACGAGUGACCGGAAGUCGCCUUGUUUCCGGUGGUGAUCAGGACGCGACAUCGAUGGUGAUGCGCAGCUCGUGAAGCUUCAGAGCAGAACGACCGAAGAUCAAGAGAAGCAGAGAGCGCUGUGACCAUGACACCCUUUGUUCCUCUUGCAUUGGUCGGCCUCCUCCUCCUGAGUCUGGGCUCCUCUCAGACCAUCAGCUACUCUGUGGAGGACCUGACCAAUAGGAACGCAGACUUCGCUGCUCAGCUGUACCGACUCGCCUCCAGUCGUACCGACGACAACGUCUUCCUGUCUGCCUUUACACUGUCCACAGCGCUGUCGGCGCUGCUCAGCACUGCCAAUGGGCCAACGCGGGACCAGCUGCUGCAGGGACUCGGCCUGACAGGACUGGACCCACAGACACUACCAGAUUUGUUUCAGGCUCUGAGGUCCGAUGUCCUGCAGGGCAGCGUAGUCAUGAACCUGCAGCAGGGUGUGGCCAUCUUGCCCUCCAGCAGCUUCCAGGUGUCGUCAGCCUACCUGGACCUGGUUCAGACCAAGUUUGGGGGGAAUGUUCAGAGUCUGGCCUACACUUCACCACAGGAAGCCGCUGACAUUAUCAACCACUGGGCCCAGGACCAGACUGGAGAGCGAAUCCUGGAGCUGGUCACCAACCUGGACUCCCAGACCCAGCUGCUGCUCGCCACUGCUGCCUCCUACCAGACCCGCUUCAGUCCUUCCUUUAACUCCUCGUUAACUCAGGACGAGCGGUUCUACGUGGACAGGUAUCACAUCGUCAUGGUUCCCAUGAUGUUCCGGGCUGAUAAGUACUUCCUGGCGUACGACAGCCCACUGAAAGUCGGUGUGCUGAAGCUGCCGAUGGAGGACGGGACGGCCAUGUUGGUUCUGCUGCCUGAUGAAGACGUGGACAUCGGCACCAUCGAAGGGGAAGUGACUGGAGAGAAGAUCCGGGCCUGGAUCAGACAGCUAAAGAAGACGAAGUUGGAGGUGCAGCUGCCUCGCUUCCUGUUGGAGCGUUCCUACUCUCUGCGCAACAUCCUGCAGACUCUCAACAUCAUUCAGGUGUUUCAGGAUAAUGCUGACAUCGUCAACAUGGGUGGAGAUAAAGGACCCAAACUCACACAGGUCUAUCACAAAUCGGUCGUGUCCGUUGUUGAGAGCAGCGAUGACAUCACCGCAGGAGGCGGAACAAACGCCUUUUCCACUCUCCCUCCUCGACUGACCAUCAACAGACCUUUUAUUUUCAUCAUCUACCACCAGGCGACCGGCAGCGUACUGUUCAUGGGCCGCGUCAUCGACCCCACCAAGAAGUAAAAUGAAGCCCUGCACACCUGAGUUACUGUUGUUAUACCUGUCAAAAUGUACUUCCUGUUUACAGAUAAUAAUUCAAGCCCUGGAUUCAUGGAUCACGCAGGAGGGAUCUGUUGGUUAAUUUCGCCCUCUGCUGCUGACACCUGACAGUCUGACAGCCAUAUUUACUGAACAACUGCCAACACAGUGAUCGAGUUGAUAGAAAUGUGUAUUCUGCAGACUUCAGCUGACUGAAGGCUGAAGGCUGCAGUACAGAUGAUUAAUAUUAAAUAUUUAAUAAGUAAUUAAUAUUAAAUCCAGGGCUUGAUUUGGUCUGUGUCUGUCUGUGAUGUCUCUCUGGCUCUGAAUGCUCUACAACAAAACAAAUCUGGUAACAAUCUGUGACAGUGCAACAUCUCAGUGUGUAUUCUCUACUAAUAGUACUAUAACUGGUCGUAGUAUUAGUACAUAUUAGUGGUAAACUAGUUUCCUGCCUGACACUGAGGCUGCUGGUUAUUUUAUAUAACUCUGGUUUUGAUUCUCUGCUCUGCAGGUAAAUAUUAAUAACUAUUGAUAAACUUAUGACAUCACUUCUGCUGUUUAGCAAAUGUUAGCAUGACAACCACCAUUAUACAUAUGUACUAUAUAUGUAACGUUCAUGACUGAAACAUACUAAUUUAACUAUUUAAAUAUAUGUAAUGUUAACGUGUGUACCACCUACAGUAAAAGAUUAAACAUUAAA